UCCAGUCUGGACCUACAUUGGUGGCAAACCUCUUUUAUUCGACAGAUCCAGCGCUUCUCGUCUCGCUGCGUGUUCUGCUCCACCCACCUGGAGAUAAAAGCCAGAGAUUUCACCCGAGCUGCUGGAAAGCGAACUCCUCGGAGCUCUACAGUACUCCCAGCUCCGCUGCUGCAGCCACAGUUAAAGAAAAUGAUGGCUGUUCCUCUCCAUUUCUUCUGCCAUGUUGUCUUUCUACUCCAGCCGUAUGUAAUGAACACAGCUCAUGGGGGAGCAUAUUACGGACCAAAGCAGCCGCCUCAGCAGCAGCCUCAGCCCAUCCCGCAGUACAGCGAUGACUUCCCUCAGCAGCAGUUCCUGGGGAACGAGAUGCCACAUUCACCUUUCAGCAAAGGGAUCCCGUCGCUGUCCCAGCAUGGAAAAGACGCUCCACAACUGCCGUUGCCUUUGCAAAUUGGAAAAAUGAGGCCAUUGACAAAAGGCAAAGGACAAACCUUCCCAAGGGGAUCUAAAGGUCCUCUUCCUGUUCCUGGUGGGAAAGGUUUCACAGACGGACCUCAAGGCAUUGAAGGCCCCCCUGGACCAGUGGGCCCACCAGGUCCACAAGGCCCCCCUGGGCUUCCAGGAGAGGGGAUUCCUGGAUCACCAGGAAAGCCAGGUCCCCCGGGUUCUCAGGGAUACAGGGGAAAUGGAAAACCUGGAAUGCCCGGAUUACCUGGAAAACCUGGAGGCCUUGGAUUACCAGGAGCCAAAGGGGAUCUUGGACCAAUUGGUGGUCAGGGGCCAACAGGAAUUCCUGGGCCUCCAGGACUCCCAGGUCCCACUGGACUCCCUGGAAUUUCAAAAUCAGGAGGCCAGGGGUUACCAGGACUGCCAGGGCAACCAGGAGAACCUGGACAAAAUGGUCCACCUGGAUUUCCUGGUCCUCCAGGUCUAAAAGGCGAUAAAGGGCUUGGUCUGCCUGGUUUACCAGGUGUGAAUGGACCAGGUGGGACACCUGGUCCACCUGGACAAGUGGGCCUCCCUGGUAAUGGCAAACCUGGUCUGAAUGGUGUACCUGGACAACCAGGAUUUCCAGGAAAACCAGGUCCUCCUGGAGAAGCAGGGCUUGUAGGAGCACCAGGUCAAAGAGGGCAACCAGGACUUCCAGGCGUACCAGGAAUAGGAAAACCAGGAAAAGAUGGUGUUAGAGGGUUACCAGGGUUCUCUGGAGGAAAAGGUGAACUAGGGCCUCCUGGUUUAAUUGGACCACCAGGCUUGCCAGGUUAUGGUAAAACAGGAUUUCCAGGGCCUAAGGGUCACAAGGGACAUGCUGGUCUUCCAGGACAACCAGGCCCAAGAGGUGACAAAGGUCAAGUAGGUCAACCUGGAAUUAUUGGUCUAACUGGUUUGACAGGAAUACCCGGGGCACCAGGGCCCACUGGGCCUCCUGGUAGUAUUGGCUUCCCAGGACAGAAGGGAGAAGAUGGCACAUUUGGCCCUAGAGGAAAUCCUGGAAUGAAAGGUGAAACUGGACCUCCUGGUCUUUCAGGACAGCCAGGUAGGCCAGGAGAGGGUGGACAACCUGGACAAAGAGGAUUCCAAGGGCCAAUAGGGCCAAAAGGAGAAGCUGGGGCUAGAGGUUUACCUGGUGCCCCUGGUGCUGCAGGAUUACAAGGACCAAGAGGAGAGGGAGGAGAGUCUGGAAACAAGGGCCAACCAGGUCCACAGGGGAUCCCUGGACUUACAGGACCAGGGGGACCAAUUGGACCUCCUGGUCAUUCAGGACAAAAAGGUGAAACAGGACCAACAGGUAACCCUGGUUAUCCUGGUAAUGGGGCCCCAGGAACCCCUGGUCAAAUUGGUCCUCAAGGAAACCCUGGUCCCAGUGGUCCUCCUGGACUUACUGGACAACCCGGCCCUCCAGGUCCUCCCGGCCCUCCAGGAAUACCUGCUGAAUCUCCUGACAUUAUUCAAUUCCUCCCUCACACAGGCCCCUACAAUGGACAAGUUUACAAAAAGCCAGGCAAUGGAGUCGAGAUUAGAGGAACCAAGCAGCAGAUUCCUGCAUUCACCGCAAAACUGACCAAUCCAUUCCCUCUAGUAGGUUCACCAAUCACAUUUGACAAACUUCUCCACAACGAAAAUCAGGACUACAAUCCACAAAAUGGUAUUUUUACAUGUAGUGUACCAGGAAUCUAUUAUUUUGCUUACCACGUCCACUGCAAGGGAGGCAACGUUUGGGUGGCGCUGAUGAAGAACAGUGAGUCAGUAAUGUACACUUACGACGAGUACAAAAAGGGUUUGCUUGAUCAGGCUUCAGGAAGCGCUGUACUCCCGUUGAGAAAAGGAGACACUGUUCAUGUAGAGCUUCCAUCAGACCAGGCAGCAGGACUUUAUGCUGGUCAGUAUGUCCAUUCCACAUUUUCUGGAUACUUACUGUACUUGAUGUAAUAAGUAGAGGCCAUUGUCAUACAUUGAAAGGGAAAAGUAAGCAAGACUCAGUGUUUGUAGGCCAAGAUUAGGGAAUAUACGUAGGAAAAACUCAGUGCUUCCGGGUGUCAGUUGCCUAGAGUAGAAAAGGUCAUAGGGUACUACAUUGUUGGCUGCAUAAACAGACAUGGAUACAGACCAAACUUAUUUUAUUGUAUACCUUUUGAAGCGGAAAGAAGACAACAAUGGACAAUGACGUCAAUUGUAAGGACUGGCAGCCCUCUGUGCAUUUGCGGGUCUGUAGCAAACAGUUUUUUCAAGGUUAGCAAACUUAACAUUUGUAAACUUCAUAAGUAAGUAAGUCUAGUAAGAUGCAAUGAAAUAUUAGACAAUGCAUGUGUAAUAAUUAGUAACUAUCCAAAAAAUGCCCCACCAUCAUGUAGCCUGUACAAAAAAUAUUGGUAACCAUCUAGACAUCUGAUUGCCCUUAAGUCUGCUCUGGUGGAAGGAAAGUGCUGUUAAUGACGUAAUGGUAUAAAUAUUGUGGCGUGAAUUCAGGCAAAGAUGGUGAUUUGAUCGAAUCAGCAAGCAUGUCAGGAGGGAGAAAGUAUGGGUCGGUUUCUAAGUGCUAGCUCUUUCCAACUUUUAUAAAUACCUCUGUCUAGAAGCCCCAACCAGGCCUGUUACGUCCACAGACAAAUUAGCUCGACUUGAACAAGUAGAAGUUGUACUUGUACUGGCAAAACAGCUUGGGAAACAAUUUCAGUCACUCCCUUCAAUUUCCUAGUCUCUCACUUCCGACGUCCAUCACGGUGCCUCAGUGUGAUCAGGUGACAUAUUUACAAAGGGUCAAUAUAUUUUGGUGCAACUAACAUUGGUUUCACUUUUACAUAUUUAAAGCAAGACGUGAUAGCAACAUGCUACCCUGAGUUAUUAGUUGCCAUAUGCACAUAAUUUGCUGCAAACCUGUUCACCUAAAUAACUGGUUAGCAUUGCUUUAUUCAUUUUACUGUAUUCUGUGCACAUUAAGAACAUAAAGCCAUUCAUUUAUUCACAAUUAUACUGUCGACAUAUGUAUUUUCCGUUGUUUAUCAUUUCUGUAUGUUUUGUAUAUUACUUGGCACAUGAGGCUGGUAAAAUAUUAGUUUGGUUCAGUAUUAUAUAAAGACAUCAAACUGCAUCUACAUCCACAAAUUGACCAAUUUUCCUACGUGUUAUUGCGCUCUGUUUUUCUUGUCAUCAUAAUGAUGAUUAUAAAGUUUCUUUAAUUUAUUUUUUUUUUUUUCCAACUACUACUGAUUACUUGAAUUUGCUUUAUUUGUUGAGUGGGAAAAAAUAUGUAUUUACUUCAAAAAACUCGACAGAAACGAUGUGUAAGGCCAAACAAAAAAAAAUAAAUAAAUCUAUUCAAAGAUACAUUUUUAAAGCAAAACCUGCCAGUUUUUCUUCCUGCCUUCAAAUGAUGCGGAAUCAAAUUCUUUUGUAUAUUUCUGUAUACUUAAAGUGCUUCCAAAACAUGUGAAUUUUCUUGUUUUCCUCUAAACCGUGUCAGCGGAAGAAUAAAGCUUUUGUUUCGCUCUA